CACGCUCGCUGAAUUUAACAUCUUCGCCGGGAAUACCUUGACCAAGGGCAGUCGUUUUCACGCAACACACUCGUGCAAAAUGACAAUCGUCGUGUCCGCAGUCCGUCGUCUGUUCGCCUCUGGCCAGGGUGGCCAACCGAAAAGUCCUUAGAACAGAGCGCCCUUCAAUGCGGAGCUCCGUCGAUAAUUAUGGACAUUUACCUACGGUCGAGAUUUAUUCGUCGGUGUCACGAAGUACACACGAUCGUCACGUGACGUCGUCAGCCCCCCGAAAACGAAUAAUGGCCGAUGAUCUCGCGAAGAUGCGUGUUCCGCGACCGCGUCGCGCGUAACAGGACGGGGAAUGUUGACGGAGAUCGUCUACGCGAACAAAUCGACAUAAAUGGGGUCGCCGCGCGAUAUGGAUUUAUCGUAACAGAUGACGAGGAGGUGCGGGCGCCGAUCCUCUCGCGACGUGACCCCGAAUCGCGUUGACGGCGAGGUUAAUCGCCUACGAGGGAACCUCUGGGAAUGGCGAUAAACAGCUGUGCGUGAAGUGGGAAUGCAUACGUGGUUCCGGUUACUGUAGCACAAAAUGUGACGCUUAAGUUAUUGCGUAAUUUAAAGCAUUACGGUGUAACGCAAAAUGGAGAAAGUCAUACCGAUGAGUUGGUUGAACCAAAUACUACUAGUUUUUAGUAUAGCAGCUGCAAUAUUGUCCUUGGUUGUGCAAGGCUGGACGGGUCUCGCCGUUCUGCCGAUAUACGUUUCCAUUUCCUGGGCUGUAUUUAUCACAAUUAUAUCCGUAUGGCUGAGUUGCUGCUUGCUGCGCCUCACACUGAAGGCGAACAGUCCGAUCGCUUUAGAGUUCGUGAACAGGUGGAUACACGCUAGACUGGCAGGUCAGCUGAGCUCUGAGGAUUCUUCGGUGGACGAGAACGGCGAUAUAGAGGUCAUCACUCGCAAAAGUGACAGUGAAAACCAAAAGGACUCGAAUUCUGCACAAGAGGAUAGUAUUAAGUGCAAUAAUGACGCGACGUCGACCGGCAGCCGCAAGAACGAGGUCCCUUUGACGAAAAGAAAAAAGCUAAACGUGACAGAAACGACGCGAGAGAUAAACGCGAAGUGUAUAGAGAUUUGGUAUAAGAAUAUAAGUAAUGACAAGUCGUUCCCCGACGAGGCGCAGGACUUGUUGAGCAAGUUCUUGACCAGACUUAUUUCGAAAGCCAGUAUGGUAGAUAAGAUAAAGAUUAUCAAUAAGUUGGUAAACGUGUUACUAUUGCACUUGAAGGAAUAUCGUAGGGCAUUACGCAGAGUUGAGAAAGGUGCUGCAGCUAGCGUGGAGGAGGCAUAUAAAUAUUUACACCCUGGUUCUCGCAGCGCGUUAACGUUAGAGCACAUGCUACAUCGUUUGGUUACCGUUCUGGCACAAGAGUUUUUACAGUGGGAAUUAACUAGUUCGUUACCGUGCAAACUUUUGUUGUCUAUUUUAGCGAAGAGGCUCUUAAUAACGAUAGACACGAUAAGCUGCCCAGAUUGGUUGAUCGAGAACUUGUUAGUAUUAUUGGAAGUUCCAUCGAGCGAAGUUACCGCUACUCCAGUUAAACAAAAUAUCAAUGGUACUAUAACUGUUGCUCUGAGCGAUGGUAUCACAUCCGCGACAGCGGCUGUGAUUCCGCAGCAAUUGCCGAAAUCGGUAUCCAAGUCUAGUCCAACUGCAGCUACUACGACUGAAGAUGAGAGUGCAGCUUCAACGGCAGCUCCCAAGAGACCGACUCUGUGUCUGGAGGGUCUCUCCACGGAGCCUGAGCACAGAGGCCUGUGGGGAGACAGCAUAACGGACACGGACCUGGAGUUGGAAGAGGAUAAGAUAUCACCGGUGUAUGAAGAACCAACGGAUUUCGCCACGACUAUCGCCAGGCUUAGAAAUCUGUUGCAACAGAAAUCGACCGCGACUACGCCACUACACGCCGAAGAAAAGUCCUACGUAAUAUACGAGGGGAGCCAGUUUAUGAAUUUAUCUAUCCCUUGGACGGAGUUUCACACCGCGACGGACGGCUCGCAGCAGUUGUACUACUGCAUACAAUUCGACGAUGUCGAGCAACGCGGGAUGGAUCUGUUCGAAACGACCACCGCUACCGUCAAAAGGCAAUACGCUGAUUUCGUUCAGUUGCAUCUCAGUUUGGAAGAGAUUUCAUCGUUAACGAGUAUCAUGUCGGAACUGGUGUUGCCCGAGGGUGGCCGGAUCGAACUGGAGACGUAUUUGAAAACGCUGUGCACGCGACUGGCGAACGAAUGUCCGCCGCAACUGCGUCACUUUCUUCGACCUAGUAGCAGCGCGGGUAAGAAAGCCGACGCGAUAGCGCCUCGUUUGGAUCGAUUCCUGGCCAAGACCGUGACCGGCGUCUUCAAUACACUGAAAACGGUUGUGCCGGGUUUUGAACUGGAUCAAGAAGAAGAUGCUUCCCCUCCACCUACUCUGAUGCCCUUGUCUGACAUACCUUGGAGAUUUGUCGAGGAUAUAAAAUCGAAAAGUCUAGCCUGUGAACUCCAGCAACUGAUCGCAGAAAGGACAGAGUAUUGUACAGUAGACACAGCUUAUGAGGCAGUUGACUCGAUGGAAGCUAGCGGUGGUGAUUCGGAAUUACUGGAUUGCUGGUGGGAGACCAUUAAUACAUCAUAUGACGAUGAAGUAGACGAGUUAGAUUCGAAUUUAACGCUGACGUGUACAAUGAUAGAUUUAAUUUGUGAGCUUCUAGCAGGCAUCGCUAGUAACAAUACGCUACAGCAAGAAGCGGUCGUUAGAUGGACUAAAUUGUUAUUCGGCAACAUUUCAGAACCGAUUCUACAGAAAAUAAUUCUUUGGCUAUUUGACUCCCUGACCGCUUCUUCGUUAAUUUGGGAUACGUCACACGAUAACACAAGUCAAAACGACACACAAUCGAAAGACAAGUUACUACGUAUAUUAGAAGACAAAUUACCGUACGAUGUGAAAAUGAUAUUCGGCGAGGACGACGUGCGCAAGGCUCUGCACUAUUUGUUCAGUUCAUACGAAAUCAAAAGAAUUAACUUAGAUUUGAACAUGCAAAUGUUAGACGCACUGGUAUCGGAAUUGUUAAUUUCGUGUAAAACGAAUCACGACGCCACAAAUUAAUAUUUUUCGAUUUUUAUUUCUUCUCUCUCGUCGAUUUUCAGUUUCUUUGAAUAGAAGACUGCUUGGCGACUAGCGAGAUUCGCACACUGUUUUAUUCUCUCAAUGAUGCAUGCGUCUGGGGGAGUCAUUAGGAUACUUAUAUCAAAAUAUUUAUGUAAAGAAAAAAAAAUUGAUAUGUGCCAUAUAUAUAUAUAGAGAGAGAGAGAUAGAGAGCAUACGUUGACGUUUACGUUUUGUGAAAAAAAACCCGACGGAUUUAAAAAAAAAACGAAGACUGUACCUGAUUAUACAUUUACAAUAAGAUAUGCCAAGAUAUUUUUUCCAUUAGAGAAUAAUGACUCCUUUCAAUUGAUAAUGGCGAUGAAGAAACGAGUCACACUCUAGGGAAGGCACUAUAUAAAUUUCUGGAACUUACUAAGUAUAGCGUUUGUAUUUAAUAUAACUAAGUUUUUGUACAAAGAAAUUGUAUGCUCCCGCAAAAA